GGACGCCCUGGGCCGCGCCGCUAGGGGGCGCCCGCGCCCGCCCUUCGCGCUCUCCGCAAAACGAGCUGCUUUGUACCGGGCAGGCGUCGGGGAUCCUUUUUGCUUCGGUAUCGGUGAUAUAAAUUCAUGAAUUAAAAUUAAGGAUUUGGAGAGAACGGAGAAAAACUCACUUGGAUUUAGGUUGUUUUUGAAGAGGAAAAGCCAAAGAAGAAAUGAUACAUUUGCAGGAGCACUAACUGACUACUGACUGGAUCACUGGAUGCGGAGCUUUACGAGGAUUUGUACUCCAAAAACUUUUUUUUUUACUAGCCAGUUGGUAAAUAUUGAGUGUUUUCGAGUAACAUCUUACAGUAUGUAUUUAGUGUCCUCAUUGCGGAAAUUUCUUAAAUGUUCUUCAGAAGAAGAUGAGGUCUUUCAACCAGGUUUCAUCAGCCCCAGCCCCUUAAGGAUCCGAGGUGAAAUUAGUAGCAAGAAAGCAUGUAAUUGACAAAGUCACGUGUGCGCAGGGGGCCAGAAACUGGAGAAGAGAAAAAAAUCAAAAGAAGGAAAGCACAUUAGACCAUGCGAGCUAAAUUUGUGAUCGCGCAAAAUCAAGAUGUUAGAUUGAUGCAGAAGAUCACUCCGUUCCAAAGGGAAAGUUUUCAUCUCACGAGUUUGGAGCUGAGGGCCGGUGGGGCAACAUGGCCGAAGGCGGGGCAAGCAAAGGUGGUGGAGAAGAGCCCGGGAAGCUGCCGGAACCGGCAGAGGAGGAAUCCCAGGUUUUGCAUGGAACUGGCCACUGCAAAUGGUUCAAUGUGCGCAUGGGAUUUGGAUUCAUCUCCAUGAUAAACCGAGAAGGAAGCCCCUUGGAUAUUCCAGUGGAUGUAUUUGUACACCAAAGCAAACUAUUCAUGGAAGGAUUUAGAAGCCUAAAAGAAGGAGAACCAGUGGAAUUCACAUUUAAAAAAUCUUCCAAAGGCCUUGAAUCAAUACGGGUAACAGGACCUGGUGGGAGCCCCUGCUUAGGAAGCGAAAGAAGACCCAAAGGGAAGACACUACAAAAAAGAAAACCAAAGGGAGAUAGAUGCUACAAUUGUGGUGGCCUUGAUCAUCAUGCUAAGGAAUGUAGUCUACCUCCUCAGCCAAAGAAGUGCCAUUACUGUCAGAGCAUCACGCACAUGGUGGCAAACUGCCCGCAUAAAACUGUUGCACAGCCGCCCACCAUUUCUCAGGGAAGACAGGAAGCAGAGUCCCAGCCAUGCACUUCGACUUUCCCUCGGGAGGUGGGAGGCGGGCACGGCUGUACAUCACCACUGUUUCCUCAGGAGGCUAGGGUAGAGAUCUCGGAACGGUCAGGCAGGUCACCUCAAGAAGCUUCCUCCUCGAAGUCUUCUGCAGCACCAGAAGAGCAAAGCAAAAAGGGGCCUUCAGUCCAAAAAAGGAAAAAGACAUAACCCUUCUUAAUGUAUCGCUGUCUUUACCCGAUUGGGAAGUCUACCUCAUGCAAGUACAGGGGAACAGUAUUUCAUAAACAGCAGCUGACCUGGGAUUUUAACUACUGUUGAGGAACUGUGAAUUUUUUAAACAGACAAAUCACUAAGCAAAUUACAUUUGAUCAGGGUGUCAUGUUUUAUGUUAUUCAGAGAAUGAGAUACUAUGUAUAUCAAUAUGUGCUUAUGUGAGAGGGAGAGAGCCUGAAACCCUGUGUGUGUAUAUGAGGAUUUUUAUAUAGGAAUGUAGACAUAUAUAUAAAGAGGGUUUGUCUUUAUAUAUGUGUGUAUAUAGAUAACGAGCACACACCCUCCCUCACAUAAUUGGACAUUUCCAAGAAUUGAAAGCCCAUGGGAAGUAUUUUAGGUGUUUUCAAAUAUAACCCCUGCAGUUUUCUUGAAAUACCACUUCUUUUAUAUUACAUAAAAAUAAAAACAUGACUGUUAUUUUUUGUGUGAACCAAAGGAUACUUCAGAUCUCAGAGCUGCCAAUCAUAUGGUACUAAAGGUUUUUAAAACAUCUAGUUCUCCCAAGUUUGGGAUUGCCUCUUUUUCUUGAUAUCUAUGGAGUGGUAUUUUCUUCUUCUUCUUAUUCUUCUUCUUAUUCUUCUUCCUGUUUGAAGGCAGUACCUUAACUCUAUAUGCCUCUGACUGCCAUAAGCUUUUUUGAUUCUGGGAUUCAUAACUCCAGAAAAGACAAUGAAUGUGUAAUAUCUGUGCCGAAAUUUCAAUGUUUUUAAUUCUAUGUUUUGAUUGUAAAUUAGAUGCCUAUUAAGAGAAAUGAAGGGGAGGGGUAAUGUAUAAAGGUAGUGACUUGAUUGUUUUCCAUGGUAUUUUGAUACCAGCUCAUUGUAAUCUUUUUCUUGCUGUGAGGUUUUUGAGGGAUUGUGGCAACGGCAGCUUCCCUCAACUAAGUCAAUCCUGUAACCAUCGCUUAGAGCAGGGAGCCCUCCUUAUUUACUACUGAAGACCUUAGGGGAAAACUCCAAUCGUUUGGCAUAUAUUUUUGGUGGCUGUUUUUAUUCCCCCUGGGAAGUUAUUCAACUUGUUUCUAAAACAAGCAAACAAGAGCAGCACAAAAAUAAAUAAAAUACUGGGGUUGAGAGUGGAAAUGAAGUGGAUGCUCACAAUUGCCCAAUAUGUAUGACCUGUGAAUGAUAUUUAAAAAGUGCAGUGUUUGGUGCCAGGCAACUAGAGUGACAAGCCUGAGACAGAGGUACCAAACCUCUCCACCAGGUAACUAUAAGUAUUUUAUAUGAUAAAUUGAUCAUAUGGAAGUUAUCUUCAGUGCUUACGCUAGAGUAACCUAUGUGGUAGAUUCAGGAUGAAAUUCAGUUCUGGGGAUAGAGAAUCUUCUCAGGUUGAUUCUCAGUUGUAGUCAAUAAACUGGCUAGGGACCAAUCAUAGUGUUGGUCCCUUUAGGUUUCAGUCAUUAAAAAAAAUUAUUUUGGGGUCAUCCUGGUUCUAGGUAUUAUGGGCAAAUUUCUGAAACAUCCUCAAGAAGGUACCAAGUAAUCAUGAUGCUUAAUAUUGACAAUAAGUAUAGUUUUGUAUGGGCCUGUUGGCGUAAGCUCAGAUAAUCAAAAAAAGAAAAUAGCAUGACUCAAAUGAGACGUAUUUUGCUGAACAGUUUCUGUUCCUUCUCCCAUUUGUCCUGUCCUGUGUCAUGGGAGAUUUGUAAGUUGCUGCUGUUUCAGCAAGCCACCCUAAGAAGAAAAUGCCUCCGGUUGGGUUACCAGCCCUUUACAACUCAGCUUGAAUUUCAUGACAGUGUUUGUGAGAAUCUCUGUGGUAUAUACUGAAAUAUCAUUGUGCUAUGAUGCAAAGCUUACCUUUGACGAUAUUGAAUGUGAUAUAGCUGUAGAGCAGUACUUCCUUGCCUUAUGUGAGGAUUUCAAGCUUAUUUAAAUUAUGUAGACAAAUCAAAGUGGCAUUGCUUAAUUGUUGGCAGGUAUAAUAAGCAGGUUAACAGUAAAAAUGCAAAACAUGUUAAGUCACUUUGAAAAUUCAAACCAAAGUUCCUUGAUUUUAUAGAAAUAGGAAAUUAUGGACUUGAAAAUUGGACAUUCCCUGUUUACAUAUAAAAAUUCAUAGCUAAGAUCAUGGUAAGAAACACAGAAACACUUUUGAACUAUGGACCUUAUGGGUGCAAUUUGAAAUCCUUUUCAACAUCUUACUAGACUGAACUACUAAGAGCACAUACCAAACCUAUCUUAUGAUUAAAAGUUGGGGUUUAUUUUUUAUAUGAGAAUAUUGUCACUAUUACAUACAUACUCAGGACAAAGAACUUUGCUCAGGGAACAUACCAUAUAAUGUUAUUGUUGUUGUUUCUUUACAGAGUAGUCGACAGUCCUGCUUACUCAAAAUAAACCAAAUAACUUAGACCUUUAUAUAAGUAGUAUGUACUGAUGUUAGUAACUACCUCUGAGUUUGACAUAGAUCAAAAUUUCUAAAUAUCAGAUAUCGGUUCUCCUAUUUUUAUUUCAUGUGAGAAAUCCUCUAAAGCAGGAUUCCUCCACUCCUUGCAUAUAUGUGAAUAUCACUGAUGUGAGCACAUUGUCCAUUUACAUGGGUGAAAUAUUAUUCUGUUUACAGCAAAAGGCUACCUCAUAGUUGAUGCACAGCACACCUGGAUGCUGUUCUAGCCUUACGGGUGGCUGAUAAUUCUCUGGUACAGAACCUUUUUAUCUGUAUUAUAGAUAGCAAUUCACAACUGCAUGUUUCUGACAAACACUUGUGAAUAAUGAAGCAUCUCAUUUUAGUUAGCAAAGUCCCCAAGCAUUUCCUUAAAAUGAUCAUGUAUUUAGCUUAAAGAAUUAUGGGCACUCUUCAACUUAAGCGAAAGUUGUGCAGAGUGCAGAAACAAUCUUAGAAAUAUCUGCUUUGCCCAGAGGUGGAGGUUGGAAAGGGGUAGCAGGAAGACGGGUCCAUGUAUGAGUGUAUGAGUGUAUUUGUGCUGGGCAAACAGUUUAAAAGAUGCCAAUCUCCUUCAUUUAUGUGUGUGUUGCCCUGAAGCCAAGCAUAUUGCAACAUCAUAGCCCCAGGCACAUAACUAACUAGCACUGGCUUGCCAAGGAGUGAACAUGCAAUGCCAUGCCUAGCUGUUGAGGAAGAAGAGUCUGUGUAAAGCAUCAGUUUGCAGGGUUUACUAAUGGUGGGGCAGCAGGUCUGUGAAUUAAGUUGUCUCUUAACCAACCUCACCCUCAUGUCAACACAAACGUAAUUCCUAAAAAAAAAGAUGCCCUACCAGUCUCUUAGCCCUAUGAGCUAUUCAUUUGCUACAUGGCAGAUUAUAGUGGAAACAUUUUUAUACUUGCAUUUCUAGUCUUUGCUACAAGACUUUGGAUGUAUUUUUACAAUUGAAAGAUUUAGAAAGAUUUUUACCUGCUUAUAACUUGGAAGUGUAGUGUGCAAUGUAACAAAAGAGAUCAAGAAAUGUCAUGUUAUUAGCAUCAUUCCACCACCAAACAUAGAAUGCUUUUAUUGCCAAUGUUUUCUUUGAAUUCUGGCUCCGUUUUAUUUUGCACCAGUGUGGCCCCAAGUUACUGCUGGUUGUAUUUAGUUUGUGAAUAGAAGCCCAUAAGUGUUAAUAGACUUUGUAACAUUCACUGUAAGAUGAAUUAUACAGGACAUGGGGAAUCUCAUUAAGUCUUAAAAUUAAUUUAAAUUAAUUUAUCUGUUUUCUCUAAGAAAUGUUUAUCAUAAAAUAUAUAUGUGUAUUUCCCCUUUGGUUAUAAAAUUUGGGAAAGUAUGUACAAGUGCAGCUGCACUGACUUUAAUUUUCUAGAUGUCUUAAUGAGAUUUAUUUGUUUUAGAGAACAACUUGUUGAAAGCAUCAAAUUCUGUCUUACAUAACUAUCAACAGCCUCUGUAAGAUGUGGUGGUUAUGUGAUCUGUGUCAUAGUUGUUCAAUUAGAGUGAAAGGUUAACAUAAUUCAUUUUUAAAUUUUAUAUUUGGAACAACGCUGCAAGUUAUGGUAAAGUACUGUACUGUGAGAAAGUAUUAUGAUAUUUAAUACAUCUGUGGCUUAACACUUGUGAGAGUUACCAGCUUGAAAAUGAUGGUGUUGACUACCUCUUGAAUCACUUACAUCUAUCAACCACUGGCACCUACCACCAAGCUGGCUUUAAUUAGUAUGUAUUGCUUUUUGGUGUUAACAACUCUAACCAUACUAGAGACCAAAGUGAACCCUGAUUUUUAUAUGUCUUUAAUAUGGUGUUUUAUCUAGGGUUUUUAAAUCAUCCUGUGUAGUAUUUAGAUUACCUCAUUGUCCAUUUUGACUCAUGUUGUUUACAGUGGAAAUAACACUUGAACUGUAUGUUUUUAAAGGUCAAAAAAGUAGAUGUUUGGAAUGGCAUUUCCCUCGUGUGUGGUCAUCUUGAUGGACUAAAGCACUGUUUGCCUUUCUGCAGACCAUGGAUUUAAUAUUCUCAUUUCAUGCCUAUUGUCUUAUUCUGUCAAUUAUGGAUAUGUUGAGGCUUAAAAAAAUUACUUGAUUAAAAAUAAAACAUAUAACGUUGGCAUUUA